AUGUCCGCCCAAGGGGUGAAGGAGGAUGCGAGAAGUCGGACGUCAACCCAAGAGCAAGCAGAGGCUCGAACCAUGCUCGAGUCUAGUCAGCUGGCGCAAGGUGUACGCAAGAGGAGGCGAAGUUUGGUUACUAUGACGAGGUAUAUCGCGCGCAUCGUCUCGAGUACCCAAGCACCUUUAUUCAAAGAUACCCCGUACAUCAUCCAAUCGUUAUUUUUGCUACUCGCACCGGCGCUGUUUGCUGCGUCGAUAUACAUGGAAUUAGGACGUAUCAUCGCCAUCCUCCAGGGGGAAAAGCUUUCGAUAAUACGAAGAACUUGGAUGACCAAGAUCUUUGUCUCCGGUGAUAUCCUUUCCUUUGUUGUCCAGGGUGCUGGCGGCGGAAUCAUGUCUAGUGGGACAAAAUCGAAUCUCUCGUUAGGCCAAAAGGUAAUCAUCGUCGGCCUAUGCAUCCAACUUACGUGUUUUGGCCUCUUCGUCAUCAUCUCAGCCAUAUUUCACCGCCGGAUGGCUGCUAGACCAACAACAGCAUCACUAUCCAUCCAGGUCCCCUGGCGUAAAUACAUGUAUUCUCUCUACGCCGUCUCGACCCUGAUCAUGAUCCGUUCCAUCUUUCGAGUCGUUGAGUAUAUUCAGGGUGCUGAUGGUAUCCUCCUGCGUCAUGAGUUUUACCUUUAUGUUUUCGACGCCGCGCUAAUGUGGAUCCUCAUGGUGGUGUUGAAUGCGGUGCACCCAGGUGUGAUAUCGGAGUUGUUGAAGGGAGACACAAGGUUGAAAUCUGUUCGCGUGGGUAUGCACCCUGAAGAGCUUGAGCUAACCGAUAUCCCUUAUGUUGGUUCGAGACCAAUCAGAAAACAAAGGCCCAGUUUCGCGGAGACAACAUAUGCAAGACAUGCCAUCGCGACGAGGGGCUUGGCUUGA